AUGAGUAUUAGAAGACAGUCAUGCGAUUGCUGUCGUGUUCGUCGAGUAAAAUGUGACCGGAAUAAACCAUGUAACCGCUGUAAUCAGCGCAAUCUAAAGUGUACUUAUCUCCAACAAUUGAAAAAGAGAGGUCCAAAAUCUAUAAGGGCAAAAAGCUUGCGAAAAAUAGCAGAAGUUCAGACGGUGAGUAUGGAAAAUAAUAUUAUGGCCACGCCGGUUGCACUUAUGAAGAUUCCGCGGAAGCUGAUCGAGCAAUGUUUGAGGCUAUAUCACGAUCACUUAUACGUAGUCUGGCCUAUGCUAUGUUAUGAUGAUCUUCACAAACUUCUGGAGGAAAAAUAUGACGACGGCUAUACUUAUUCCUUUUUAGUAUCUCUUUCGGCUGCCACUCUUAGUGAUUUGCAAACUGAAAUAGUAUCAGAAGAAGGAGUUUCUUUCACUGGGAGACAGUUAUGCUCACUCUGUAUGUUAUCACGGCAAUUUUUUGACGAUCUCCGUAACAGUGACAUAUUCCGAAUUAUGACAUAUUACUGUUUGCAUCGCUGUUACGCACAGUUUGCUAAUACGAGAGCUUCAUACAGACUUUCUUGUGAAGCUGUAGGCCUCAUUAAGAUAGCUGGAUUCCACCGGGAAGAGACCUAUGAAUUUCUUUCGUUUAGUGAACAACAGCUCAGAAGGAAGGUUUAUUAUCUACUUCUUAUGACAGAGAGAUAUUAUGCAGUAUAUAUUAAGGGCGUCACAAGUUUGGAUGCAACUAUAGCGCCACCGCUACCUGAUACUGUAACUGACGCUCGGCUUUCUCUGGAUAGUUUCCUUGAGGUGAUCAGGGUCUUCACUGUACCAGGAAAAUGUUUUUAUGAUGCUUUAGCAACCAACUGUGCCAAUAAUUCUUGUACCGAGGAUUCUUUAAAAAGGAUAUGGAAUGAACUUCAUACGGCAUCACUCAAUAUAGAGCCGUGGUCUUACGGAUACGUAGACUCUUUGUUUUCCCGGCAUUGGGUCAGAACACUAGCAUGGAAGCUGGUACUGCAUAUGAAAGGAAUGCGGAUAAAUUUUCUUUCAAAUACUAACAAUACGCACAUACCCGUUGAAAUUGCUAGGGACAUGUUGGGUGAUACGUUUCUAACUGCGAAAAACAUCUAUGAUGUCCACGGUCCUGGAAUACCGAUGAAGGCCUUGGAAGUCGCUAAUGCAUUAGUAGACGUUGUAAGUAAAUACGACCGCAAUAUGAAGCUGGAGGCUUGGAACGUUCUGUACGAUGUGUCCAAGUUUGUUUUCUCUCUGAAACAUUGUAAUAAUGAAAUGGUCCAAAAGUUCUCAAGUAAAUGUCAGAGUUCUCUAGUUGCUCUACCCAUUUCUAAACCUUUACAAUUGAAUGACAACUCCAACGAUGACGAUGAUAUAAUCUCUUGA